AGCGCACAGCGCGGCGCCGGGGCCGGGGCCAGGACCACGAUGGCAGCUCAGCGGCUGGGCAAGCGGGUGCUGAGCAAGCUGCAGGCUCCAUCGCGGGCCCGGGGGCCGGGGGGCAGCCCCGGGGGGCUGCAGAAGCGGCACGCGCGCGUCACCGUCAAGUAUGACCGGCGAGAGCUGCAGCGGCGGCUGGACGUGGAGAAGUGGAUCGACGGGCGCUUGGAGGAGCUGUACCGCGGCAGGGAGGCAGACAUGCCUGAUGAGGUCAACAUCGAUGAAUUGUUGGAAUUAGAGAGCGAAGAGGAGAGAAGCCGGAAAAUCCAGGGACUCCUAAAGUCGUGCACAAACCCCACAGAGGACUUCGUCCAGGAGCUUCUGGCGAAGCUGCGAGGCCUCCACAAGCAGCCAGGCCUCCGUCAGCCCAGCCCCUCCGGCGAUGGCAGCCUGAGCCCCCUCCAGGACCGAGCCCGGACCGCACCGCCCUGACCCCCUCUGGCCUCCGUGACCUGCUCCGUCUCUCUGCCACCCAACGCCGUCCUGGCUUGUUUAUAAGUCGUAUUUA